CGGGACAUAAUUUGCCAGUCCUCGCUAAUAAUAAUGAGGCAGCAUCCUUUGAGGUAAUAUCUUGGAGCAGCAGCUUGCAAUUUGUGCCACCUUGCUGUCACCAGAAGUUCUAAGUGGAGAGGCAGACCUCUACACACUCAAUGAGACAGACAUUUCAAACGCAGAGGACACUCUGAGCGCCCUAAAACCACUGAAGGAUACCACCACGCUCAUGUCUGAAGAGUGUAAUCCAACCAUCUUUCUGAUUGCUCCUCUCAUCGCACAACUUCUCCAAAACAUGACAGACACCAUCAGAGACUCACCCAUAAUUCAUGAGAUCAAGAAUGCUGUCAGAACAGAUCUCAUGAACAGGUACAGCACUGAGGCAGAGAAAAAGAUGCUUUUAACAGCCUCUGCCCUGGAUCCUCGCUUUAAGGGAUUGCCCUUUCUGACAGAGGAGGAAAGACUGGAUGUAUACAAAGGAUUGACUGAGGAGGCAGCAUCCUUUGAGAAUGAGUGUAUUCUGACCAGGGGGACAAAAGUAGUUGAAGCACCUGAGGGAACAGGAACUGCGCAAGAAGAAACACCAAUGGAAGGCGGCCCAUGUGCUCCCAAAAGAAAGGCCUCAUCGCUGCUAGUGAAUUUGCUGGGACAGUCUUUCUGUGAUACUGAAGGUACAGUAGAACCUACGACCCCCUAUGCCAUAGCCGAAGAGGAAAUGAAUGAAUACUGCAAAGCCUCAUCCCUGCCUCUGUCUGAGGAUCCCUUGAACUGGUGGCGGGUACAUGAGGUCACAUUUCCUCUCCUCUCUCGGCUGUCAAAAUGAUACUUGUGUAUCCCUGGCACAAGUGUAUCCGCAGAGCAUGUUUUCUCGACUGCAGGAGAUGUGGUCACUGCAAAAAGAUCCGCUCUCAAACCAGAGCAUGUAGAUCAACUGGUAUUCUUGCAUAAAAACCUACAAUUUCCCAAAUGCUGAAACUCAAUGUUUGUCAUGUUUUGCACUUUCAGGAAGUGCCCUGUGCCCAAUGCUCUUAUCUUAUAUUAUAGCUUUUAUUUAGUGUAGCACUGCAGAAUGUUUUUUGUUUUUGAUACUUGA